UUAUCCGGGACCUCAAUUUUGUUAUUCCCAACGUACCCCGGAAGUGAGCGGGCUUAGAAAAAAUGUCUGACGUCAGAGCACUGACGAAGUCAAUGGGAGAGAGGAAAAGCCUUCCUCGAGGUGUGGAACAGGAAGAAGAGAACGUCUACAGAAACGAAGAUUUGGUUCACUCGGUCGCUCAGCUCAUUGGUUCGUUUGUCGACGUGCAAGUGGCAAAUGGCAGUGUGUAUGCUGGAAUAUUGAAAACGAUAUCACCUAGACUGGAAUUUGGUCUUGAAGCCGUGCAUCUCAAACAAUGUGCCGAAAACUGCAGCGAAGUCAACGAGACAGCCACAAAGGAGCAACUGCUUCCUAGAGUUGUGUUUCAUCCGACAGACAUUUUGUGUCUCACUGCGAACGUGAAUCCUAAAGAAUUGCUACAACUUGAGAAGUUCAAAACGGAUACGAAGAUCAGUCAAUGUAAUGGGACGCCAUUAGAUAGAGAGCUUGAGAGGUGGCAUGAUGAGUCCAGUGAAUUGGCAAGUCAGUCAUCGAAUUCGUUAGAUGCUUCAACUCAUUCUGAUGGUUGGAAGGCAGAAGCUAUGUUUGAAACUAAUGAGAAGAAGUUUAAUGUUCAAACGUCAUAUGACAAGGAAAUGCUUGAAUACACGACUGAAUUGAAGCAGGAUGAUACGGAGGAGUUUAGGCAAAGAGUACAACGUGCUGACUUGUUAGUAAGGGAAAUGAAAGGUGAAGAGACGUGUGAGAAUGAUGACGAUGACACGAGAACUGAAGAAGAGAGAUUCAGUGCAGUUCAGCCAGUCCGUCAACAACAGAUUCAAUCAACAAAACAGAAUGCCGAUCAUUCGCUCACCACAUCCAGCACAGAGACAAACACAAAGACCACAGAUCACAGCCACGAUUCGGAGACAGAGACUAAAUUAUUGGAAGCGACAAAUGAGAGUGAGAACACAGACGGAGACAAGUGGCCAUCAGAUGGUGAGACGUCGAGUCAAAGUUCACAAAGAAAUCAGGCUGCUAGAACAGGGACAAGCACACGACAGCCACAGAUGCCGCCGAUUCCUGAGGAUAACACAACAGAAGGUAAACUACAAAAGAGUAAAAUGAUGAAGGAGUUUGACUCUUUACGAAGCUUUUCGUCAAACUUUCUGUUGGAUGCCAACAAGACAGAGAAUGCAUCAGCUCAGACAUCAGAGAGCAAUGUUGUUAGUGAUGAAGUGUCUGCUUCGACUCUCAAUCCAGAAGCAAAGGCUUUUAUGCCCGCUUUUGAGAUGAAAGCCAACAGCCAUAUAUCUCAUGCACCUGUCCACAGUCCGGUCUACAGUCCAGUCAAUUCUCCACUUCAGUUAGCCCCCACUCCAGUUCAUCACGUUCAGCAGCCUCAUUCUCAGGUUAUCGGCUCCGUCAUCUAUCCACCCAGCCAGUCGGUUCCCGUUGCUAUGUCACAGUAUUUGCCACACCCCAUGCCGCCUUCGAUGCCACACCAGAUGAGAGGGAUGCACAGACAGCAUAUACCACACAUACAGAUGCAACAUGAAAUGUCUGGUUCUCCGGGUAUGUCAGUGCAAACACCGGUUUAUAUCAAUCACUCUCCUCCUGUUGCAUACAGUCCGGGUACGCAGGUGAUGACGAUGCCGGCACAUGGACAUCCACAGAUGACGUAUGUGCCUGUCGGAACACCCGAAAUGCAACCACCUGUCAUACUGAUGCAGCAACAUCCGUCUUACCCUCAGCCGGCAUACGGACAGCCAAUGCCAGGCCCACCUGUACAGUCUCCGUCCAUGAUGCCAGCUCCCUAUGUGAUCAACCCCCAACCUCUCCACUACAACACACCCGCCUCACCCGGUCAUCACAUGCACAUGCAUUUUCCGGCUCAGUUGCAUCCGUUGGCUGCACAGUCACCGGGCCCUGUCGAUCAUCGAACCUCACACCAGAACAGACAUGGACCGUCACCUCCUCUUAUGUCUCAGCAUGUUUCUCAAGCUAUUCCGAUUCCGGGUAGGAAUCAUUAUCAACUCAGUAUGGGAUCUCAAGGACCGAUGGGACAGUAGAGUUUAUUCUAAAAUGUUUCGUACAGCUUGACUGCAGACUGUAGCAAAAAUGGAUUAAUUAAAAUGCAAUAAAAAUGUUGUUUGAUCA